AUGAGUUACUCCGGGACCAAGGUCUCGACUGAGGGUGCCCAUCAUGGCCAACCCACCCUGGCAACCGAUGCGAUGACACACAAGGCUUGGACGGGGAGAAGCGAGAAGGCUACGAAGGAGAUCGUCUUUGGAUCGAUAGCGGGGAUGUGUGCGAAGCUCUUCGAAUAUCCUUUUGAUACGGUGAAAGUUCGAUUGCAAGCACAGCCGGAUACGCUGCCUCCACAGUACAAAGGCCCGUUGGAUUGCUUUCAGCAGUCAAUUCGGCGAGAUGGGUUUCUCAGUCUGUAUCGGGGGUUGACUGCUCCGAUGGUUGGGGCAGCUGUGGAAAACAGCAGCUUGUUCUUCAGUUACGAUCUCGCACAAACCUUCUUCGCAUCCUACAUCCACAACACCACGAAAGACGAGCUCACCCUCUCGACGAAAGCAACAUGCGGUGCCAUAUCCGGCGCCUUCACCUCCUUACUCCUCACACCGAUCGAGCUGGUAAAAUGCCGAAUGCAAAUGCCCAGCGACAAAAGCUCCAAGACCACCCGCCUCCCCGGAGUCUUGACCACCAUCUCCACCGUCUACCGAUCCCAAGGCGUCUUCGGCUUCUGGAACGGCCAACUAGGUACCCUACUACGAGAAACCGGCGGUUCGGCCGCGUGGUUCGGCGCCCAAGAAGGCGUGUCGAUGUGGUUCCGGAAAUACAACGGGAACACCGAUCCGAGAUCUGCGCUGCCGGUCCACCAGCAGCUGAUGGCCGGCGCGGCGGCGGGGAUGAGCUACAAUUUCAUCUUCUACCCAGCGGACACGAUCAAGUCCUGCAUGCAGACGGGGGAUCUCACCGCGCUGCUACCGGGGCAGCGGAGGACCUUCUCAUCGGUGGGGAAGGCGCUCUGGAAAGCGGAGGGGUUGAAGGGGUUGUAUCGAGGGUGCGGGCUGACGGUGAUGCGGUCGGCUCCCGGGUCGGCGAUUAUUUUCUAUAUCCAUGAUGCAUUGACGCGGCGCUUUCCUUCAAAAGCCGACAUAAUAGAGGAAAUAUGGCCGUGGAUGGUGCUGAUGGCGAUAUUACAGGCGGUCGCGACGAAGAUCGUGAUGGAUCCGGCUUAUCAUGAUGUCCUAUCGCUAGUGAAAGCAGUCCGGAACGGAGUGAUAUACGGAACAAAAGUGCGGUUUCCGCAUGCUUUAGUUAUCAUGUUACUCUUCCGACAGGGCUCCCUCCGUCACCGCCUCCUCCUCGUCCUCAAAGCCACCCGCCAACACGCCCGCAAUCUUGGCCUCUUCGCCCUUGUCUGGAAACUCUGCAUGAUCCUCUUCCGCUCCGUCCGCGGCCAAGAAGGCCGCUUCGACACCUUCAUGGCCGGCCUCAUCGGCGGCUACACCGUCUUCGGUCGCGGCGACCAGUCCUCUGUCUCCCAGCAGAUCGUCAUCUACGUGUUCGCCCGCGUCAUGCUGGCGAGCGCGAAGCUCCUGAUCAAGCCGGCGGGCGGGCCGAAGACGCUGGCGACUGGGGGGCGGGGCGGGUGGGGGUUGGUGAAGGAUGAGGGGAAGAGGAAGUGGGUGAAGGAGAAUGCGUGGCCGGCGUUUGCGAGUUUGAGUUGGGCGUUUGUGAUGUAUGUUUUCCGGUGGCAUCCGGAGACGGUGCAGUCGAGUUUGCGAAGCUCGAUGCAGUAUAUCUACGUGGACUCGGACCACUGGGAUUCGUUAGACACGUUCCUAUGGAGGAACAAAUAG